UCACAGUCGGUAGACGCUUAAUCAUGUUUACAAUCAAAGAGCGUGUAAAUUAAUGCAGACCGCAAGAAUUGUUCACGACUUCGUCAAGGUUUUCAUCAUAAACAUGAGUGCACAGGCCAAAAUUUCUUCCUUUUUCACACCCAAGGGAAAGAAUAAACUUGAAAAUUUAAACACAGAAAACAAUCCAGUGAAGAGACAAAAGGUUGUUCAAGAGGAUGCAUCCCCUGGAAAGGAAAACAUCGAGAUUCAAACCAGUGUGGAAUUGAGUCCAGAACAAAAACAGAGGAUAGAAGAAAACAAACGGAAAGCAUUUGAAAAACUACAGGCUAAGAAAUUAGAAACCAGUCAAAGUUUGCUUGUCAACUUUGGUGAAAGCUGGAAACGUGCAUUAGAAGCUGAAUUUGGGAAACCAUAUUUUGAAGAGUUGACAAAGUUCGUCACCUCAGAGAGGAGUAAAGGGACUGUAUUCCCUCCAGCAGAGAAUGUGUUUACCUGGACCCGAGCCUGUCCGGUAGAUCAGGUGAAGGUGGUUAUCCUGGGUCAGGACCCGUACCAUGGAACCGGCCAGGCUCACGGUUUUGCCUUCAGUGUACUGCCUGGCAUUCCACCCCCACCGAGCCUGUUAAACAUGUAUAAGGAGCUGGAGUCAGACAUUGAAGGCUUCAAACGCCCAGGGCAUGGUUAUCUGCAGGGAUGGGCCUCACAAGCUCAUAUUAUUGCAGGUGUGCUGAUGUUGAAUGCAGUGUUGACGGUCCGUGCUCACCAGGCCAACUCCCACAAGGACAAAGGCUGGGAGAAACUGACGGACGCCGCCAUCUCUCACCUGAACAAGAACACCUCAGGUCUGGUCUUCAUGCUGUGGGGAUCUUACGCACAGAAGAAGGGAGGCUACAUUGAUAAGGAAAAGCACCACAUUCUCACAGGUGUACACCCGUCACCCCUCUCUGCUCACAGGGGAUUCUUUGGCUGCAAACACUUCUCCAAAUGCAAUGAGCUGUUGACAAAGAGUGGAAAGGCACCCAUUGACUGGGGUUAUCUACCUGUGGACAUAUAAUGGAAAUUCAGACUUCCUUCAUUAUGCUUGUCUUAAUUGAGCCUCGUUCUGGGAAAACGGGGCCUAAUGCAUAUGCCUCAAGUGUCAUCCUAGAUUAGUCUGUACAGUCUGCACAGGCUAAUCAGGGAAGACUCUUUCCGCCUAAACUGGAAUUUGUUUAGAAUGGACUCGGUAAAAACUCCAGAAAAGUUGAAAGGGUCAUCCCUGAAUAGCCAGGGCAGACUGCACAAUCUAAACUGGAAUGACACUUUACACAUAUGCAUUUUGACAGGUUAACCCGGAACAAGAUAGAUUUGUUUAUUUGCAGGAAAUUUGUAUCAGUAUUUUUAGUGCAUUAGUGUGCCUAAAAAGGACAUGGCAAAGGCUGGAAAUGUGUAUUGUGCUUAAAUCAUUAGACAUUUUUAUCAGCAUUUUUGAAUGCCUGUGUACAGUAUAGUUGUAGGCACUCUUUGCUGCAUUGAAUACGAGAGGUGACAUUUGAAGGGUCCACGGCUACCUUCAUUCCUUAGCUUAAUAUCUGUCAAUAUUUGAAAGACACAUUUUAAAAUUUUAGGGAUCAAAGCAUAAACAUUUUAAGCAUUGUCUUUGGUCAAUAUUAUGAGGUGAUAUUAAGUUUGAUAAUGUGUUUUAUAUUGGGGACCUGUUCAAAUUGCAUUCAGAUGAUUGUUUGAGAGAUCUUCAAAGUCAUAUUGUUGGCAUUUAUCUAGCCUUUGAUUAGAAAUAAUCUUGACAUAUUGUGUUUAUUUUGUUUUGAAAUGUUUUGUUUUGCUCUUGGACAUUUUAUGUAUUUUUGUUUUUUGUAUUGCAAUACUUUACUCUGCAAUCAAGAUAAAAUUGCAGCUUUCAAUUUCAGUUAGCUUUUUCCAUCAACAAUUAAUAUAUUAUAAUGUCAUAGAUUUCCCUUUUUGGAAAUGUUUCGUCAGAUGAUCCUUUUUUAAGUUUACAAACCAAUUGUAUACCUAUUUUGAAUAAAAUCAGGUUAAAAGC